GGUGCAAGAUGGCGCAAGCGGCGCUCGCCCUGCGCCACCGGCGCUCCUAGGCAGGCAUGUGGCACCAGCCCCCCGCCGCCCGGGCUCGGCCCCGGCCGGAGCCCCGGCCCCGGCCCCGGCGCCGGCCCCGCGGGACGCUGUGAGCCGCGAGAGGCCCCGGAGCCGCGCGUCGCCGAGCCCAGCGGACCAAGAGCCCCAUGGCUGCUGCAAGCGCCGCGCCCCCGCGCCGGCCCCGGCUCCUGCUGCCGCUGCUGGCGACCCUGCUGCUGCCCGCGCCGAGCGACGGUUUUGGCCCCUCUGCUGAACUGGCAUUUGCUGUGGAGCCAAGCGAUGAUGUUGCAGUCUCCGGACAGCCUGUAGUGCUGGGCUGCAGGGUGGAGGGGACCCCUCCAGUGCGAAUCACCUGGAGGAAGAAUGGGGUGGAGCUGCCAGAGAGCACCCACUCCAGCAUGCUGGCCAAUGGGUCCUUGCUGAUUAGUCACUUCCGACUGGAUCGGGGAGGCAGCCCUUCAGAUGAGGGUGACUAUGAGUGUGUGGCUCAGAACCGCUUUGGGCUGGUGGUCAGCCGGAGGGCUCGCAUCCAGGCCGCAACCAUGUCGGACUUUCACGUGCAUCCCCAGUCUGCCGUGGGCGAGGAGGGCGGUGUGGCCCGCUUCCAGUGCCAAAUCCAUGGGCUUCCCAAACCCCUGAUCACAUGGGAGAAAAACAGAGUCCCCAUUGACACGGACAAUGAGAGGUACACUUUGCUGCCCAAGGGGGUCCUGCAGAUCACAGGACUUCGGGCCGAGGACAGCGGCAUCUUCCACUGCGUAGCCUCGAACAUUGCCAGUGUCCAGGUCAGCCACGGGGCCAGGCUCACCGUGUCAGGAGCAGGCUCUGGAGCCUACAAGGAGCCAGCGAUCCUCGUGGGGCCUGAGAACCUCACCCUGACGGUGCACCAGACGGCUGUGCUGGAGUGUGUCGCCACGGGCAACCCGCGCCCCAUUGUGUCCUGGAGCCGCCUGGAUGGCCGCCCCAUCGGGGUGGAAGGCAUCCAGGUGCUGGGCACAGGGAACCUCAUCAUCUCAGAUGUGACCGUCCAGCACUCAGGCGUCUAUGUCUGUGCGGCCAACAGGCCUGGCACGCGGGUGAGGAGAACGGCCCAGGGCCGGCUGGUGGUGCAAGCCCCAGCAGAGUUUGUCCAGCAUCCCCAGUCCAUCUCCAGGCCAGCUGGGACCACAGCCAUGUUCACCUGCCAAGCCCAGGGUGAGCCGCCCCCGCAUGUCACGUGGCUGAAGAAUGGACAGGUGCUGGGGCCAGGAGGCCACGUCAGGCUCAGGAACAACAACAGCACCCUGACCAUUUCUGGAAUCGGCCCGGAAGAUGAGGCCAUCUACCAGUGCGUGGCAGAGAACAGUGCUGGCUCCUCACAGGCCAGCGCCAGGCUGACCGUGCUGUGGGCCGAGGGGCUGCCUGGACCCCCCCUCAACGUGCAGGCGGUCUCUGUGUCACCUACCGAGGUCCAGGUGUCCUGGGACGAGCCCCUGGUCAACACCAAGGAGAUCAUCGGCUAUGUUCUGCACAUCAGGAAGGCUGUGGACCCCCCGGAGCUGGAGUAUCAGGAGGCCGUUAGCAAGAGCACGUUUCAGCACCUGGUGAGCGACCUUGAGCCCUCCACUGCCUACAGCUUCUACAUCAAGGCCUACACGCCAAGGGGGGCCAGCUCAGCCUCCGCCCCCACGCUGGCCAGCACCCUAGGCGAAGCCCCUGCCCCACCCCCGUUGUCCGUGCGAGUCCUGGGCAGCUCCUCCCUGCAGCUGCUCUGGGAGCCCUGGCCCCGGCUGGCCCAGCACGAGGGUGGCUUCAAGCUGUUUUACCGCCCAGCAAGCAAGACUGCCUUCACUGGCCCCAUACUGCUGCCUGGAACUGUCUCUUCCUACAACCUCAGCCAGCUCGACCCCACUGCAGUGUACGAGGUGAAGUUGCUUGCCUACAACCAGCACGGGGAUGGCAAUGCCACAAUCCGCUUCGUGUCUUUGAGGGGAGCGUCUGAGAGGACAGCCCUGAGCCCCCCGUGUGACUGCCGGAAGGAGGAGGCUACUGACCAGACGUCCACCACAGGCAUCGUCAUCGGCAUCCACAUCGGGGUCACCUGCAUCAUCUUCUGUGUCCUCUUCCUCCUGUUCGGCCAAAGGGGCAGGGUCCUCUUGUGUAAGGAUGUAGAAAACCAGCUGUCCCCUCCUCAGGGCCCCCGGAGCCAGAGGGACCCUGGCAUCCUGACACUGAAUGGGGCGGGACGGGGAGAGCGGGGCCAGCUGGGCCGAGAUGGGAAACGUGUGGACGUGAAAGAAUUGGAGCAGCUGUUCCCCUCGGCUGGGGCAGCAGGGCAGCCGGCCUCCAGACUGAACCCCAGACCCACGCAGGAUCCUGGGGCCCAUGCCCUGUGGGAAGAGACCCGGCUCUCCACGCUGCCUCUUCAGGGAUUUGGCCGAAGGGAGGAGAUGGCUUUGGAGGCCAAGGCCCCCCGCACAGGCCCUGCAGCUGCCCUGCCUCCCCAGGAAGUAGGCCCCGGCCUCCUCAGUGAAGGACAGGCUCCCUGGCCUUCUGCAACGCCAGCUGCCCAGCCAGCUUGCUCAGGACAGUAGCCAGCGUCGGGCAGGCUCUGAAGGGGGACAACCCCCCAUUCUCAGGUCAAAGGCAAGAUUUCUCCUGUCAUGUGGGAUUUCAGGGGGGACUUCUCAGCACUUCGGUCCUGACCGCCCCUCAGGCUGUGAGGACCUAAAGGAGCCCUGGCAGGGAGCCUCCCAAGGACGCCAAGGGGACCCACUCACCUCUGCCUCCUACCUACAUGACUUGGGACUAAACUAAUGUUUUCCUUUAAAAAAGCAAACAAUACUUAAAAUCAAAAAAAGAGAAAAGAGAAAGGAAGGUGGAAUUAGACUCCAAAAAUAUGCCCCUGCUGUGGCUGGGCCCCCUGACACUGUCCCCCCCGCCGACCUUGUUUUCUCAGGAUGGAUUUUUGCUGUUUUGGCUCUUAGCACCUACCUCAGCCGGAAUGAAUGUCCUGGGGGUGGGGGGGCUGUGGUUCAGCCCCCCAACCCCACAGAUCCCCGAAUGCACUCCUACCUCAAGCCCCUUUACGGGCACCCCCUUUUCCUCCCCACUUUUGUUCAGAGUUUAAAAAAAGAAAAAAAAAACAAAACACUUCCCCAUUUCUAGGUGUGAAAGAAAACAUCUACCUCAAACCUUGUUCUUUAUCAGGGCCUGUGUUGUACCACUGGACCCUCCCUCCUGGCUCAGCCCUCCUGUCUUCCCCCAGAGAGGGUGUUGGAGGCUAAGUCAUAAAGGGUGGGCCCGUCGGGGCCUACAGAAAUAAAAAUGGAAUCAGUCAAAGAAAAUGUGAAAAAAAGCCAAAAAUGAGAGGUAAAUUUGUUCCUUGAAAUAGGAAUUAUUGCUCUAAACUAGCCGCCGCCCAGCCUGCUGCCAGUGCUGCAUCCGUCCAUUCCAGGCUUGCCCCUCUCAGCCGACUCAUCCGUGGCUGAGGUCCCAGCAAACCUCUCUGCACCUGGGCUUGGGGGGGUGGGACGUCCCCCGGCAGCCUGCCUCCCGUCCUGCCCAGACAGCCGCUGGAGCAGGCUGGCCCCUGGAAUGUACUGUGUGUGUGUGGUGGGUGGGUGUGUGCAUGGGGGUGUCCCCGGCAGAGGUACCCCAGCCCUCUGUCCCGUGGGACACAGCUAGCUUGACCCACCCCCUGGACAGUGGAAAUACCGCUGUCAGCAGAUGUGGCUGGAAGCUAUUUUUAUACAAGGUGUGUUUAAGGAUU